CAUGGCGACACGCGGGGCCAACGACGCCACCCUCGACGGCAACGAGAACGAAGCAAUCGACGAAAACGAAGCAAUCGAUGAGAACGAAGUAAUCGAUGAGAUCGAGCCCAGUGACGACGGCGGGCUCCUCGUACUUGUCUCGGCAACGACGCCGCCCGUUCUCUUUUGCAACUACCCGAGCUACCUCGGCUUGGAGCGCGCUUGUCCCGUCGGCUACGAAGUCCGCGCGAUGCCAUCUCCGACACCACAAUUGACGUACCAUGGCACGCGGCGCUACUUGUACAAUGCCGUCAAGAACGUACUCCACACCAACCGCGCCAAGAAGACGACGCUGUCGACGUGGAGCCUCUUUUGGGGGCGCCAUUUGGAGUCCAGCUCGGUUGGUCGCCUCAUCAACCAUUUUCCCGGCAGCCUCGAACUCGGGCGAAAGGACAAGCUGUGCGCCAACAUCUUGCGCAUGCAGCGCAAGUUCGGCAAAUUCUUCCAGAUCAUUCCCGAGACGUACGUCACGGGCAGCAAGGACGGUCGGCAUUUUAUGCAAGCGUACGCGGCGGACCCAAAGGCGAUCUGGAUCCUCAAGCCGCCCAACCAGUGCUGCGGCCGCGGCAUCAAGCUCGUCUCGGGCAGCGCCAAGUACGAGUUCGAGCCCGACAAGCGCUACGUUGCGCAGAAAUACAUUGCGCACCCGUACUUGAUCAACGGCUUCAAGUUUGACAUGCGGCUCUACGUCCUGGUCACGUCGUACGAGCCGCUGCGCGUCUAUCUCUUUGACAACGGCCUCGUGCGCUUCUGCACGCAGAAAUACUCGAUGGCGACCAAAGACCUCAAGAAUCGGUUUGGGCACUUGACCAACUAUAGCGUCAACAAGAAGAACGAAGCUUUCGAGUCCAACCAAGGCAACAACGACGGUAGUGGCAGCAAGUGGAGCUUCCAGGCGUUGGUCGCACAUUUGCGGGGCGAAGGCCACAACUGCGACAAACUCGUCGAUGACAUUGCGGCCGUGAUCGUCAAGACCCUUCUCUGCGUCGAGUCGGCGAUUCUUGCGCAGUGUUCCAAGCAACUUCGGGCGGCGCAGAACUGCUUUGAGCUGUACGGCUUUGACAUCCUCUUGGACGCCAACCUCCGGCCGUGGCUGCUCGAAGUCAACGUCUUCCCGUCCAUGAGCAGCUCGUCGCCGAUGGACAAGCGCAUCAAGUCGAUUCUCAUCUGCGACACGUUUCAGCUCGUUGGGCUACCGGUCACGGACGUCGCCGCAGCUGUCGAGCAAGCCAAGAAGGAGCGUACGACCCAACGGUCCGUCCACCACCUCGCUACGACAUGA